GUUCGAACCACUUCGAACCAACCCCGAAACUUCCUAUAAAAUUCCCACAUUCUUCCCUUCUUUUUUAUUUCCAAUCCAAACAAACUCAAACCAGUGCUUUGAAAACCCAUUCGAAACAAACAAGCGUAAGCGAGUGUUCUGAAAACCGGACCCACCUCAUAACCAAUUUCAUGACGUCAGAUUCUCCAAUCAAGGGCCAAAUGCCCGACAACGAACAAGAUUCCUCGGAAGCAUACGCUCUCAGCGGCAAAAUCAUGCUUGCCUCAAUAAUAACCCUCUUUAUCAUCGUCUUCUUCAUGGUCCUCCUCCACCUCUACGCGCGUUGGUACCUCACGCGCCUCCACCGUAACAACGACACCCGCCCACCCACCCGCCACAACCGGUCCACCCGUAUCCUCUAUUACAUCAACAACAAUGGACCACUCGCGUCCGGUUCGAGUGGGCUCAACGCGUCAAUAUUAAAGUCACUCCCAGUAUUUGUUUACUCGACCGAAACCGAAACCAAAACCAAUGUUGUGGAGUGUGCUGUCUGUUUGUCGGAGUUUGAAAACGGUGAGUCGGGUCGGGUUUUACCGAAUUGUAAACAUUGUUUUCACACCGAGUGUAUUGAUAUGUGGUUUUAUAAUCAUUCUACUUGCCCGCUUUGCCGGUCCCCAGUUGAACCGGUAGCUGAACCCGGUCCAAGUGCGGAACUUAUUGAAACGACGACGUCGGAAGAGAGGAGGAAACGAGUUGAUGUUAGAAUAGAUGUGCCGGUUAACGAGCCGGUGACGGAGAAUGAGGUCAAGCUGACGUCACCGGGAAGUCGGUUACUGUCGUUGAGGAGGAUGGUGAACAUGAGCCGAGUGUCGCCGGUGGUGUCGCCGUCGUCUGGCGGUGGUGUUGGACCGAGUUGUGUGGUGGUUGGUACUGAGUUAGAUGCUGAGUCAGGGAGGCAAGAGUCGGAUCACGAGUCAAGUCGGCAGGGUUAAGACGAGAUUGAACAAUGUUGAGACACGUGUCGCUAUUUGAAAUGGGGUAUUUUGGAUGAGGAUGUAGAAGUAGAAAUAUCAACCUACAUUGUAUUUAUGAUAGUUUGUGUAGAUACAUAAGUCAAAAUCAAGAAAUUCAUUGUUUAUUUAUUUAA